AUGAAACACACAAUGCAGCUCCUCAUAUCGCCGAGUUUGAGGCAUGUUACUGUCCUACCAGCCAAAGGUUUCAAGAAUUUCAUCAAAGUAAAAGUUGGCUCAAGACGAAUAUCGUACCUCGUGGUCUUCUAUUCCCUCCUGCUUUUUACAUUUCUUCUACGGUUUGUCUUCGUGUUAACCGCUGUGGACACCAUCGAUGGAGAACGAAAAUGUUCAACACUAGGUUGCUUGGGGAGAAAAAUUGGACCAAGGAUUUUGGGGACACAGCUCGAAUCAACUGUCCCUGAGGUGAUAUAUCAAGUAUUGGAAGAACCUUCAGACGAGGUUGAAAUCGAAGAAGGGCCUGAUACUCCUCAAUCAUUAGAAGAGUUUAUGGAAGAAAUGAAGGAUAUAAGGCCAGAUGCAGAAACUUUUGCUGUCAAGCUUAAAACUAUGGUAACUCUCCUUGAACAAAGAACAAGAACUGCCAAGAUUCAAGAAUACCUUUAUCGGCAUGUGGCAUCUAGUGGCAUCCCGAAACAGCUGCACUGCCUUGAUCUCAAGCUAGCACACGAGCACUCCAUCAAUGCCAAUGCCCGUCUCCAGUUACCAUCAGCGGAACUUGUUCCUGCCCUCGUUGAUAAUUCAUACUUCCAUUUUGUCCUUGCCUCUGACAAUAUUCUUGCUGCUUCUGUCGUUGCAUCAUCGCUUGUCCAGAACUCUUUCCGCCCUGAGAAAGUUGUCCUUCACAUUAUCACGGAUAGAAAAACCUUCUCACCUAUGCAAGCUUGGUUUUCGUUACAUCCUUUGACACCUUCAAUCAUCGAGGUUAAAGCGUUGCACCAUUUCGAUUGGUUAACAAAGGGAAAGGUUCCGGUUCUGGAAGCAAUGGAGAAAGAUCAAAAAGCAAGGUCACAAUUCAGGGGAGGCUCAUCAGCAAUUGUAGCAAAUACAACCGAAAAGCCUCAUGUCAUUGCAGCAAAGUUGCAAGCCCUCAGUCCCAAAUACAAUUCUCUGAUGAACCACAUAAGGAUAUAUCUGCCAGAGUUGUUUCCCAGUCUUGAUAAGGUAGUUUUCCUGGAUGAUGACAUUGUCGUGCAAACCGAUCUUUCAUCUCUAUGGGACAUCGACAUGAAUGGGAGGGUGAAUGGAGCGGUAGAAACCUGUAGGGGAGAGGACAAGUUUGUGAUGGCAAAGCGCUUCAAAAGCUAUUUGAAUUUCUCGCAUCCUCUCAUAUCGAAGAACUUUAAUCCUAAUGAAUGUGCAUGGGCCUAUGGCAUGAACAUUUUUGAUCUAGAAGCAUGGAGGGAAACAAAUAUAAGCGAGGCAUACCACUACUGGCUGGAACAGAACUUGAAGUCAGAUCUAAGUUUGUGGCAGCUAGGAACAUUACCUCCAGGACUAAUUGCAUUUCAUGGUCAUGUCCAUGCUAUUGACCCCUUUUGGCACAUGCUAGGACUCGGGUACCAAGAUAAUACGAGCAUCGCAGAUGCUCGGAGUGCUGGUGUGAUCCACUUCAAUGGCCGAGCAAAACCUUGGCUUGAUAUAGCGUUCCCUCAACUUCGAUCCCUGUGGACAAAAUACGUCAACUUCUCCGAUAAAUUUAUCACAACCUGUCAUAUAAGAGCUACUUAAAAUGAGGCAAGGGAUUUGUUAACCAUGUUGCUUGUAAUCAAGAAACAAAAUUUUGAGAGAGGUGAACCAUGUAUAGAAGGUCUCGCCACUCCCUGACGCGAGAUUGGCAACAGCUCCCGAGCUUAACAUUCUUGAACUCCUCAAAUCUACUAUGAUUUCUGGUUCAGCCAAUGUAUUUUAUACUGCAGUUACAAAUUAUACAAUGUACAUGGUGGAUUUUUCACCAAAAUUAUACCUGCAAUGACAAUAAAAAAGGAUACUCCUCCAAUGUAA